CUUGUGAUCACCAAAACCAGUGAGUUUGUGGGUGCUGUCGUCUUCGCUGGAAGUCGAGCUAGUGAAUCUAAAAGAGCUAAUCACAGUUGCAUAACCUUCAAGAACAAAUAGUGACAACAAAUCUAGAGAGAGUGAGAGAGAGCAAUGGCCGUUGUUGCUUCGGCUCCUGGGAAGGUCUUGAUGACUGGGGGUUACCUUAUUCUGGAGAGGCCGAAUGCAGGGCUCGUACUCAGUACCAACGCUCGCUUUUUCGCAAUUGUGAAACCACUUUACGAGGAGAUCAAGCCGGACGGCUGGGCAUGGGCAUGGACAGAUGUGAAAUUAACAUCUCCUCAGAUGUCUAGAGAAAGCAUGUAUAAAUUGGCACUGAAAAAUGUGACCCUUCAGUGUGUCUCUUCAAGUGACUCAAGGAACCCUUUUGUGGAACAAGCAGUGCAAUACGCUGUGGCAGCUGCACAUGCAGCAUUUGAUAAGAAUAAGAAAGAGUUGUUACACAAACUUCUUUUACAAGGUCUUGAUAUCACAAUUUUAGGUUCCAAUGAGUUUUAUUCAUAUCGGAAUCAGAUUGAAGCACGUGGACUCCCCUUGACCCCAGAAGCAUUAGCUGCCCUUCCACCUUUUACAUCAAUUACCUUCAACAUUGAGGAUUCAAAAGCAGAAAAUUGCAAGCCUGAAGUCGCAAAAACUGGAUUGGGUUCUUCAGCAGCGAUGACAACUGCCGUGGUUGCUGCUUUGCUUCAUUACCUUGGAGUUGUUAAUCUUUCUUCCUUGACGAAAGAUCAAGACCAAGAAAGGGACACUACAGAUCUUGAUAUAGUACACAUGAUAGCUCAAACUGCUCACUGUAUUGCGCAAGGGAAAGUUGGCAGUGGGUUUGAUGUCAGUUCUGCCGUUUAUGGCAGUCAACGUUAUGUUCGGUUUUCACCAGAAGUGAUUUCUUCUGCUCAGGUUGCAGCAAAAGGAUUGCCCUUAGAAGAAGUCAUUGUAGAUAUCCUAAAAGGGAAAUGGGACCAUGAGAGAACUAAGUUUUCCUUGCCACCAUUGAUGACCCUUCUACUAGGAGAACCAGGAACUGGAGGAUCAUCUACACCAUCAAUGGUAGGUGCUGUGAAAAAGUGGCAGAAGUCUGACCCUCAUAAAUCCCUAGACACAUGGAGAAAGUUGUCAGAGGCAAAUUCUUCACUUGAAGUACAAUUCAAUAUGUUAAGCAAACUUGCAGAAGAACACUGGGAUGCAUAUAAAUGCAUAAUUGACAUCUGCAGCAGGCUUAGGCCAGACAAGUGGCUAGAGCAAGCUUCUGAACCGACACAAGAAGCAGUUGUUAAAGCAUUGUUAGGAGCAAGAGAUGCUAUGCUUGGGAUCAGAUAUCAUAUGCGCCAGAUGGGUGAUGCUGCAGAUGUUCCGAUUGAACCUGAAACACAAACUCGGCUUUUGGACGCAACGAUGAACAUGGAAGGAAUUUUGCUGGCUGGAGUUCCUGGGGCAGGUGGCUUUGAUGCAAUCUUUGCUGUGACCUUGGGGGAUUCUGGGAGCAAUGUCACCAAAGUGUGGAGUUCAGUUAAUGUUUUGGCCUUGUUGGUUAGAGAAGAUCCCUGUGGCGUUUCUUUGGAAAGUGGAGAUCCACGGACCAUUGGAAUUACAGCAGCCGUUUCUUCAGUUCACAUUUAACAAGACCACACUUGUAAACUAGAAGAACAAGUACCUUUAUUGAACAAUGAAAGUAGGUCAAGAUUUGUUGUAAUUUCUGUGAACAUUGUACAAUAAACGAAGUUACUCUUCCUGCA